ACCUGUCAGUUUUGUACGUACUCAGAUAUUAUGUGAUCAACCCUUAGAAAAGCUCGAACGCUUUCAGUCGUGAGAAAGAAUCGGAAAAUGUUGGAAUCUGAAAAGAACCAGGAAUUCGGUAAUAGACCUAACUCGGAAGUUCGCGAGAUCACGGAUAUAGUCGGCUCACACGGACCCUGGCAGACAAAAGUGUUCAUUUUAGCGUUUUUACUUAGUUUUCCUAAUGUCUGGCAUGCAUUGGUGGUCACAUUUCUUGCUCCAAAUAUGGAUCACUGGUGUUCUAGAACCUCAGAAUACAAAAAUCUAACCGUUAGCCAGUGGAAAAACUUGACCAUUCCUCUGAACGACAAUAAUGGCGUGAAAACAUACAGCACGUGCAAGAUGUACAACAUCACAGGAAUAACCCUUUCGGAAGGCAUCAACCGGACCAUCAUCCCUUGCGACAAUUGGGAGUAUGAUAAGUCUGACUACGCUUCUACUAUUAUUGACGAGUGGGACUUGGUGUGUGAAAAUGAUUGGCUUGUUUCCAUGAGCUUGUCCGUCUACAUGAGUGGCUACUUGGUAGCUGUUUUGGUGUUUGGACAGCUGGCAGACAGAAUUGGACGUCGGCCAGUUAUUCUGAUCUGCAUUUCAAUUACAAAUAUUUUUGGUGUUCUCUGUGCCAUUGCCCCGAAUUUUCUGAUGUUUGCGGCGUUUCGCUUCUUUGUGGCUCUAGGUGUAGCAGGAGGCCUAACAACAGCUUUUGUUCUUUUGAUAGAGGUUGUGGGUCCAGAACAACGAACAUAUCUAGGUAUUGGAAUACAACUUGGAUGGGCAACAGGUUAUUUAAUUUUAAGUGGGCUGGCCUGGUUUAUCCGAAACUGGCGCUUCUUGCAGCUCGCCAUCACCCUUCCGUGUUUACUGAUGGUUUCUUAUUGGUGGCUUCUCCCAGAAUCUCCUCGAUUUCUCUUGAUCCAUUGCCGGUACCAAGAGGCUGAAAAGGAGCUGAAAAAGGCCAUGACUAUGAACAAGAAGGAUAUGUUAACACUUGAUUUUAAGUUUGAGCAACUUUGUGAUCUGGUGCAGAAGCAAAAUAAAGGGAACAGCAGCGGUUCAUGUGUGGACUUAGUUAGAACUCCAAGUUUGAGGAAGAAGAGUCUGAACAUUUUCUUUAAUUGGUUUGUUAACUCCUUUGUUUAUUAUGGAUUGUGUUUCUUCACAAACGACCUUGGCGGUGAUCCAUUUCUGAACUUUCUUAUAGCAGCAGCUCUCGAAUUUCCGUCGUAUUUGUUUACUAUGUUUGUGCUUAAGCAUCUAGGCCGAAAGAAGCCUCUAAUGAUAAGCAUGAUACUCAGCGGUUUGGGCUGUUUUUUGUCCAUUUUUGUUCCAGAUGAUAUGCCUUGGUUACGAGUAACGGUAGCUAUGAUUGGAAAGUUCUGCAUUACCGCUUCUUUCGCCAUUGUGUAUGUGUUCACCGCCGAAAUCUUUCCAACUAUUAUACGAAACAUCGGUGUUGGACUUAGUUCAACAUUCGGCCGAAUUGGAUCAAUAGUGGCUCCAUUUGUAAAAGAAAUAGGAACUGCCACAACUGUACAUGUUCCUCUAGGAAUUUUUGGUGGCGUUGCAGUGUUAGCUGGAGGUUUAGUGUAUUUUCUCCCAGAAACCAGUAACAUGCCCAUCCCAGACACGUUGGAAGAAGCGGAAGAGUUUGGAAAACAUAAAGCUAAAGAUCAAGAAAAGUUACCUCUUCUCCAAUGAAACUGACAUUACUCCAGUAUUGUAUUUUUAAUGAUUUAAUUUGUAGCUUUUUUGGUAUAAUUUCUAACUUAGAUUGUACUUUAUUCUAAUUAAAAAUAAAGAUUAA